CCCUCCGCUAAGGAGGAGGAGGGCACCAGAGACGGCCAAUCACAUUUUUAGCGGGAAUACAACAAAUUUACAAGCGCGAAAAAGCCAUAACCUACAAGCCGAGCACCGAAGCAUAAGCACUUCUUACGGUUCUCAAUGCCUCAACUAAACAAGGAGGAGCAGGAAAGCAAUACGGGGGACAACCAGGGGUGUUUCUUCAGUGAUGAACGGGGAUAUCUGAGCCAAGUAAGACACAUCCUGGAGCAUGGGAAUCGCAAGGGGGACCGGACUGGUACCGGUGCGUUGUCGGUGUUCGGCUCCCAGGCCAGAUUCAGCCUACGAGACCAGUUCCCCCUCCUGACAACCAAGAGGGUGUUUUGGAAGGGAAUUCUUGAAGAACUCUUAUGGUUUAUUAAGGGUUCCACGAAUUCCAAGGAGCUGUCUGAGAAGGGCGUGAAGAUCUGGGACGCCAACGGUUCCCGGGAGUUCCUGGAUAAAAACGGCUUCAAGGAGCGGGAGGAGGGCGACCUGGGCCCCGUGUACGGCUUCCAGUGGAGGCACUUUGGAGCCGAAUACACAGACAUGCACGCAGACUACUCGGGUAAGGGCGUGGACCAGCUGCAGAAGGUCGUGGACACCAUAAGAAGCAACCCGGAGGACCGCCGCAUCAUCAUGUGCGCCUGGAACCCCAGAGACUUGCACAACAUGGCCCUGCCUCCGUGCCACGCCCUGUGCCAGUUCUACGUAAGCGACGGCGAGCUGUCCUGCCAGCUGUAUCAGCGCUCCGGGGACAUGGGCCUGGGCGUGCCCUUCAACAUCGCCAGCUACGCCCUCCUGACCUACAUGAUUGCCCACGUCACCGGCCUCAAGCCCGGAGAAUUCAUCCACACACUGGGCGACGCCCACAUCUACCUCAACCACAUCGAACCGCUCAAAGAACAGCUCCAGAGGGAGGUCCGACCGUUCCCCAAGCUGAAGAUCCUCCGGAAGGUGGAGACGAUCGACGACUUCAGAGCCGAAGACUUUGAGAUCUGUGGCUACCAGCCGCAUCCCGCCAUCAAGAUGCAGAUGGCCGUUUGAAAUGUUUUAUGAGACUUACAGUGUUACAUUAAAGAGCUUUUAUUAUCAACUCCU